AAGUUCCUUGACCGUAAGUACCGUAAGACUUUCAACAAAGAAAACUAGCCGGUCGUCAACUCGAGACACUUCCGAGCUAUCGACAAAGUCUACACGUGGUCUGCAGUGAAAUUCGUGAUUCUAAAGUAAUCAGUAGAAAUGCCUUCCGACUCAAAAAAGAAAAGAGAUGCGAAAAGGAAGGAAGGGGCCAAAUCCAGUGCAUCCAAUGGAACCAGUGCAUCUGGCAACUUAAAAAAUGGCAAUAACAUCGAACUGACUGCUGAAGAAGCCCUGUGCAAAAAGUUAGAAGAAGAUGCCAGAAUUGCUGCCGAAGCAAGGGCAGUUACAGGAGUUCUAGGUGUUCAUCCCAAGAGCCGGGAUAUUAAGAUUGACAAUUUAUCAAUCACUUUUUACGGAUUUGAGCUGUUACAAGACACGACCUUAGAAUUGAAUUGUGGCCGACGUUAUGGACUUAUAGGUUUAAAUGGAAGUGGAAAAUCUGCUCUUCUCGCUACACUGGGAAACCGAGAAGUUCCUAUUCCGGAGCAUAUAGAUAUUUACCAUCUCACACGUGAAAUUCCAGCCUCGGAUAAAACAGCGCUACAGUGUGUUGUGGAAGUAGAUGAAGAACGAACACAUCUUGAACACCUUGCAGAGCAAUUGGUAAAUGCAGGAGAUGAUGAGUCUCAAGAUCAACUAAUGGAUAUUUACGAGCGUCUUGAUGAAAUGAGCGCUGAUACAGCCGAAAUGCGUGCGGCAAGCAUCCUUAAUGGUUUGGGAUUUACCAAAGAAAUGCAACAAAAGAAAGCAAAAGAUUUCUCUGGUGGAUGGCGUAUGCGGAUUGCGUUGGCACGUACACUUUACGUUAAGCCACACUUGCUUCUGCUGGAUGAGCCAACCAAUCACUUGGACUUGGAUGCUUGUGUAUGGCUGGAAGAAGAACUUAAAAACUACAAGCAUAUAUUAGUAAUCGUGUCUCAUUCGCAAGAUUUCAUGAAUGGAGUCUGCACGAACAUUAUCCAUUUGACUCAAAAUAAAUUGAAGAACUACUCAGGAAACUAUGACACCUUUGUUAGGACUAGAGCUGAAUUACAAGAAAAUCAGAUGAAACAAUAUAAAUGGGAGCAAGAUCAAAUGGCUCACAUGAAGGACUAUAUUGCUCGUUUUGGCCACGGAAGUGCUAAGCUUGCACGGCAAGCUCAAAGUAAAGAAAAGACAUUAGCUAAAAUGGUAGCUGGUGGUUUGACUGAAAAAGUUGUUAGUGACAAAACUGUGUCGUUUCAUUUUCCGUCGUGCGGCCCUAUUCCGCCUCCAGUUAUCAUGGUUCAAAACGUCAGCUUUCGCUACAGCGAUAAUACACCCUGGAUCUAUCGGAACCUGGAGUUUGGAAUCGACCUUGACACUCGUCUUGCUUUGGUUGGGCCGAAUGGUGCAGGGAAGUCCACUCUUCUUAAGUUGAUAUUUGGUGAUUUGGUUCCAACGGAGGGAAUGAUCCGGACCAAUAGCCAUUUGAAAAUUGCACGUUACCACCAGCAUCUGCACGAAAUGUUGGACUUGGAUCUAUCACCCCUAGAAUACAUGAUGAAAUGUUUUCCGGAAGUGAAAGAAAAGGAAGAAAUGAGAAGGAUUGUUGGUCGAUAUGGUCUCACAGGCAAGCAACAGGUUUGCCCUAUUCGUCAGCUAAGCGACGGACAACGAUGUCGAGUUGUAUUUGCUUGGCUUGCCUGGCAAGUGCCUCAUCUUCUUCUACUUGACGAGCCUACUAACCACUUGGAUAUGGAGACGAUCGAUGCGUUGGCUGAUGCCAUCAAGGACUUCGAAGGUGGUUUGGUUCUUGUUUCUCACGACUUUCGGCUGAUUAACCAAGUCGCCAAAGAAAUCUGGAUAUGCGAACAUGGAACUGUUACCAAAUGGAAGGGUGACAUUUUGUCGUAUAAAGAACAUCUUAGGCGCAAAGUGUUGAAAGCCAAUUUAGCAAACGCUAAACUAGGAAAAUAAUUUUAAUUUUAUCGAAACUAAUUUUUCGAAAAUUGCUUUGAAUAAAUUAAGUCCAAUGAUAACGUUGUAAGCGUCAAUUGGCACAUUGGACUGAUUUUGUUUUGUAUCUACUACAAUUUUCUUGUCCAUUU